GGCAUAAUCACAUGGAGUACAGACUACAGAGUGGUGAAACAUGAUGUAUAAUAAAAUAUGAUGUAAAGAUGAUCAUAUUUUGGCUAAACAAGGGUCUAAAUCCUUUUAAAGUAAACUAUUCUUCGGCCUUUUCAAUUAAUUCCAUAUCUGUGCUACGAAAUGCGGUGUUUUCCUCACAUCCAACCAGAAAUUAUGGUCAAAACGUGAACAAACCAAGUACACUUAAUAGCAAUGCAUUGCGAGAAUAUUGUAUAAAUAUAUUGCAACGUAGAAAGGGCUUUGUAUUGUGUUCUUUUUGUACAAUAACACGGCAAUUUCACGGGGGCAAUGCAAGUGUGAGGUUUCAGGAGAAAAAGAAACCAGACUCACUUCAAGAGCUGGUAGAAUCGACAGAAAAGCAACAAACAGCACUCACUACCUCGCAAAAAGUUGCUCAAGCAGGAAAGGAUGUCAGUUAUUUUGCUAUUAUUUUAGCUGGUUUUGCAGUCACAGGAGCCCUGCUAUGGUAUGUGUUGAGCGAAUUAUUUCUGAGCAGCAGUCCAAACAAGAUAUAUGCUGAUGCUUUAAAGAAAGUGAAACAAAAUGAAGAGGUUUUAGAUGCCCUGGGUGAGCCAAUCAAAGCUUAUGGUGAAGAGACAUCGCGUGGACGAAGGCGACAUGUGAGCUUUCAAGAGUACAUAGUUGCUGGAGAGAAUUACAUGAGAGUAAAGUUCUAUGUUUCUGGUACGCAUCGAAAAGGAACGGUUCAUGUGGAUGUCAAACAGGUUUCAUCGAGAAGGUAUGAGUAUCGUUUCAUUUUUGUUGAACUGGAGGGCUUCCCAUUUCGGACGAUCAUCAUCGAAGAUAACAGAUACGAAACAGAUACAAGCUGAAAUAAUUGAGAAGUUUUUGAGGCAUAGAAAAAACGUUAUACAACGAAUAAAGAGUGCAUCAGUGAAACUACUAAAAACCGCUGGAGAUGAGUCAGAAUUGAUUCAAAAAUAUACAGUUGCUAUAAUAAAGAAAUUAAUACGUUUUAAUACGCCCUUUUUAUUCGCAAAAACCCUUAUUUUAUAUAUUUGAAGAAAUUAUCAGUUUUUGAAUGACAAUCCUAAACAAACAGUCAAACAAUCACUUUUCCAUACAGGGCAAUAAACUGAAAGCGACAGUUUUAUCGAACUAUAUCUAUCUACGUCUCUUCGUUUCUUAAUCAAAGAUGAAUCAUUGUUCGUCAUCUGCAAACUAAAUUUUCCCUGUUUUAUUCGCACUUGAAACGUCGUUCGUGCCUCGUAAACGAAAUGAAUAACCUCGAAGAUGAAUUGCAUUAGACCGAGUGUGGUAUUUUCGUUUUAAUAAAGCCGAAAUUAAACGAUCUUAAUUUUUUAUGAAGGUAAACAUAAUCAUAUCGGCAAAACAACUCCGUUUAAUCAAUUUUAUUGCCAAUCAUAAAAUUAAAAGAUGUUUGCCUGUCAACUGUCAUGGAUGUAUUUGGGAUGUAUUUUUGAGUUGUAAAUUUUGUGCAGUUGCAGCGGCGCUGUCUAUAAUCGACUAUCAUUUUUUUUGUCGUUCACACUUCAAACCUUGCGAUUCAGUGCUUUAAACAAUGCGAAAAUUGAAACGCACGUUCAGAAUCUAAAUUCUUCACCAAACUCUUCACAACCGACGCAUUGCUCUGUUGAUAUUAAUAAAAAUUUUAUGAUUAGUAAAAUUUUCACGCUAUUUAUUUGCUAAUAAUUGUUCACCCGGAAUUGGCGAAAGAUGGAGCUAGAUUGAGAACAAAUCAGCUUUGACACUUGCCAC